AAGGCACAAACCCCAGUUAUUCCAUUCUCUAUUUUAGUUCCACCAUGCCACAUCUCAUUUUGUUGCUUGGACUUAUGAUACCAGCAUACUUUAGUAGUUAUCAAGCUGAAAAUUCUUUCUCACAGUACUGGGAAGAGCAUAUCGGUCUUCCACAACCUCCAUAUUGGUUUGCUGCAAAAGCUUCUCCAUUAAGCCUCCAUCAAAUGGUAGUAUUUAUGAAACUUAUGGAGGAAAAUCAAUUAGCUUCCCACCUACACUUGUUUUGUAAGCAGGCUAAUGUAGCUUGUUCUACAAAUGUACUAGUGAAAAAGACAAACGACGACACAACCCUACCACCAAUAGCCCAAUGGAAUGGUUUAAAACUGAAAUAUGAAGGCCUUCCAAAUGAAACAACAUUGUCAGUAGCCAGCCAAGGAGGAUUGCCAUAUUUUCGAGAAUCAAUGGUGAAAGAGGGACGUUCAAUAACUAUCCCUGAUCUAAGAGAUCCAUUGUCAUAUAAAUCAUUCUUGCCACGACCUUUGACAUCAAAAAUCCCAUUUUCUUUUGCCCGGAUCAAGGAGUUGAACAAGCUUUUUGGUGUGGUGGAUGAAUCAAGCAUGGAUGAAUAUAUUCGAGACACCCUUGAGAUAUGUGAGAAGAGCCCUAUACAAGGAGAGCAAUGCACUUGUGCAACUUCUGUUGAGGAUCUCAUCGAUUUUGUUGCCGAGAAAAUAGGGCACCAUGUACGUAUAUGGAGUACUGAGAGCAUAGAAGGAUCUUAUGAGAAAGUCACAAUUGGAGCUGUGAAACUCAUCCAUGGUAACCUCUCUGAACCACCAGUCUUAUGUCAUAGUCAGCCAUUCAUAUUUCAAGUCUAUUAUUGCCAUAUUUUUCAGAAAGUGAAAAUAUAUGCAGUUGACAUACAUGCUCGGAAGAAAGUGAAUCAUGCAAUCAUGGCAUGCCACUAUGACACAUCAACUUGGAAUCCAAGCCAUAUUGCUUUUAAGAUGUUGGGUUUUGGCCCAAGACUAAUUGAAGUCUGCCAUUGGAUAAAUGAAAAUGGAAUGGUUUGGACAAAGACUUUAAGUUGAUCAGCAUUUUAAAAUUUGAUUAUCUUCCAGUUCCAUUGUUUGUGUUACAUGUUACCGCUUAUGCUUUUUGAAGAAUAAAUAAUGACUGGCUUUCUUGUCAUGUCUUUCAAGUUUCAAUAUAAUUUUGUUUUUCA